CAGCCCCUUCCACUUGACGCUCUGACGUAAAGCUCGGCUGCGUCUCUUACUGUGGUGUAGGGGGUUUCCAUCAUGGCGUCGAUGCAGAAAAGACUACAGAAGGAACUAUUAGCUUUACAGAGUGAUCCACCCCCUGGAAUGAAAUUAAAUGAGAAGAGUGUGCAGAAUACAAUAACACAGUGGAUUGUAGAUAUGGAAGGAGCCCCUGGUACACUGUAUGAAGGAGAAAAGUUUCAGCUUCUAUUCAAGUUCAGUAGUCGAUAUCCCUUUGAUUCACCUCAGGUUAUGUUCACUGGUGACAAUGUACCUGUCCAUCCUCACAUUUAUAGCAACGGUCACAUCUGUUUAUCCAUUUUAACGGAAGAUUGGUCUCCAGCUCUAUCAGUGCAAUCAGUCUGUCUUAGCAUUAUCAGCAUGCUUUCCAGUUGCAAAGAAAAGAGAUGGCCACCAGAUAAUUCAUUUUAUGUAAGAACAUGUAACAAGAAUCCAAAGAAAACAAAAUGGUGGUAUCACGAUGACACGUGUUAAUGUUCAGUUUUCUAAUAGUCCUAGAAGAAAGAAGUCCUACUGAGUACAUAAGCACUUUGAUCAUACAGUCUUUGAACUUUAACCUUUGACUGGAAAAAAUUGACACAUUGCGCUGAAGAUUACUCCCUUUUACUGCAUUCUACCAGCAUGCAGCUGGUUGCAUGUUGAUAGCUGGUUCUAAACAAACAAAGAAAAAAAAAAAAAAUGUAGUUCACCCAACAUGGUUUCAUUUGCCAUGAGGUACUAAUGCAGAAAGUAAGGAGAAUUGUAGCGACGUUAUUCCUAUUUUAAGUAAUUUUUGUUUUCCUUUUUUUUUUUUUAAACUUUUCAGGUCCUCGUGUAUUGUGCAAUAAUCAUGAUUGAUGCAUGCUUGGGCCUACAAAGAAAGAUUAAACCCUACUGAAUUUGUCUGACUCAAAGGGAUUUCAGCUUUUUAAACCCAAGGAAAAAACUUAAUCUUUUGUACUUUAAUUAUAUGCACUGUGACGAUAACUUUGGAAGUAAACAGCUAGUGUGUGAAAUAUUAUCACCUUGUUCCACUGAAACUCCUUGCCACACUUUCUAUUCAGGUAACUGGUUCUACUUUUAUUAUAACGUUUUUUGAAAAAAAAAAAAAAAAAAAAAAAAAAAAAUUAUAAACCGGUUUGACUGUUCAUAAUUUAUCAGUUAUCAUGUGGCCAACAAUGGCUGUAAAGACAAUGAAGUUCAUAUUAUUAUUAUUAUUAUUACACAGGAUAUCUAUUUAUUAAGCUCUAGGCAUAGGGGUUAAACAUCUUCUAAUACUGUUCACUCACCUUCACUGUCUGCCCUGGUCCAUGAGAAAAGAAAAACAGACAGUUUGGAAACCACCCGUAUACUUUUGUGUUGCAUUAUUAUUUUUAUUAUUAUUAUUAUUAUUAUUAUUAUUAUUAUUAUUAUUAUUACUACUACUUAUCUUAUUUGUUUGUUUUGUUGUAAGAUUGUCAUGCUAAAUAUUGUUUUUCAGUUUGAAAAGCUAUAGUGUUGUCUUUUUUGUAAGUUAAUUCUCUUUACUAGCAAACAUCAUCCAGACUUAUUUCUUAAACAAAUACAUUUUGAAGGAUGCUUAAUGUUUUGAAAUAUUUUGUGGAAGUCUAUUUGUUUGUUUUGUUUGUUUAUUUUCUUCGUUUAUUGGUAAACCAUGCAAAUAAUUACAGCACCAACACCUUAAAGUUAAUGAAACAGAAUGGAAAACAAACAUUCUUAAAUUCAGGUUUCAUUUGACUUUUUCUAUAUUUAGUAAAAUAUACUUCAGGGUUUAAUAAUGUCAACUUAUAUACAGACUACUUGGAUGCAUCACAGCACACAAAGUGCCUGCAAGCACUAUGUUGUGUGGUAUUAUUUACUCAGACUACACAGUUCUUAUUCUAUGGGAAUGGGGGAUUAAUAAAUAUACUAAACAUUCUGAGGAUGUAUGGGCUUAAACGAUUUUUGAAUUUAGAAGAACCUUUGAAAAUAAAUAUCUCAACCUGGGUAAUGGUUCCAUUUCAAUACUGAGGGUGAAAGAUUCUUCCUGUGAUGUCACAUUUAAUUUCCCCUCUUGAGCAGGAUUCAGAUUAAGUACAGGUAUACACCUGGUUAAAAUCGUGGACUAAACAACACUGCACCUGAGCAAAACUACAAAGUAGAGGUGCAGUAGCUUUAUCAGUCAGAAUCCAUUGGUGUAGGUCUGUCCAGUUGUCUUGCACCUUGGAUUGGUUGUCCGAAAUGUGUGGGUUUUGCCAUGUUUAUUCCUAAACUCAAAUGCUAACUUGAGCUCCUAUAACAGGUAAAUAGUAAAUACAACAAACCUUGCACUAUUAAAUAACUCCUUACUCUGAACCAUAACUUCUUAAAGAAUUAAUGUAUCUUUUAAUAUAUCACAAGGAUAUGUGUAUUAGUUGUAGGAACAUUUUAUUGUAUACAAAGUUAAAUAUAACUACAUUUGAUUAAAUACAUGGUUAAUAGACAAAAUAUUUAUUCGUAAAGAAUGUAUUUUCUGUAAAGCUGUCAACAGUAAAUUGAUUAAUUUAACGAACUGUUACUAGCAGAGAAAGUGCCGUAACAGUGAACAUUCUGAAAUCCAAGUUGUAAUGUUUGUGGAAAUUCAAUCUUCAUUAAAGAGAUACCAAACAGG